ACAUGCAGGGGACGGGCAGCAGCUAGGAGGCGUCACGGCGGCCCGCUGGGGGAAUGGGCGGUACCGCUGCGAUGGACGGAAGCGCGGAGGAGCGCACCAGCUAAAUACUACGGGCUCUGCCAUCUGGAUGCUGCUCUCCAAACCAGGGGGAAAAGAGGGGGAAAAACUUCUUAUUUAUCUCGAUUUGAUGUUGUUUGAAUAAAAGAUGGCGCCGUCAGGCUCAAGGAGCGUUAAACGAAGCUGUCAGAGAGUUUUAUACUGGAUCCCAGUCCUUUUUAUCAGCAUCAUAGUGGCUUGGUCCUACUACGCCUAUGUUAUUCAGCUCUGCAUAGAGUCCAUGGAGAACACUGGAGAGAAAGUCGUUUGCCUCCUGACGUAUCAUGUGCUGUUCAUCAUGUUCGUCUGGGCCUACUGGCAGACCAUUUUCACCAAACCGAUGACACCGGUAAAAGAGGAUAGGGUGGGAAGGAAAAGCCUUAUUCGGUCAUUUCUGCUGGGGAAACGGCAGAGAGGAGGGGAGACAGUACUAUACUUCUCAAAGUUCCAGUUGACGCUUGCAGACAAAGAGAUGCUGGAGCGGGAAGAUCGCUCAGAGUCCCAGCAGGAGAUACUGAGGAGGAUCUCAAAGGAUUUGCCCAUCUAUACGCGCACCAUGUCUGGAGCUGUCCGUUACUGUGACCGCUGUCAGAUCGUGAAGCCGGAUCGAUGCCACCACUGCUCAGUCUGUGAUAAGUGCAUCUUGAAGAUGGAUCAUCAUUGUCCAUGGGUGAACAACUGCGUGGGAUUCUCCAAUUACAAGUUCUUCAUUCUUUUCUUGGCGUAUUCUCUCCUCUACUGCCUCUUCAUCGCCGUUACCGACUUACGAUUUUUCAUCAAGUUCUGGACCGUAAGUUUUGGAUUAUUUCUGUCUUUCAAAAGCGGCCUACCCGACACCCAGGCCAAGUUCCACAUCAUGUUCCUGUUCUUCGCUGCCUCCAUGUUCUCUGUCAGCCUGUCCUCUCUCUUUGGAUACCACUGCUGGCUGGUGUGCAGAAACCGCUCCACACUGGAGGCCUUCCGAGCCCCAGCCUUCCACGAUGGCGCAGACAAAAACGGCUUCAGCCUGGGCUUCAACGAAAACUUUCGCCAGGUGUUCGGCAAUGAUAAGAAGCUCUGGCUCCUACCUGUCUUUUCCAGCCUUGGGGAUGGCUGCUCAUACCCCACCAGCCUCGUUAAGCGGGAUGCCGAGCAGCCGCCCAUACCAGCUGGACACAAUUCACCCACCCAGAGUACUGGUGAUGCCCCCCAGUUUCCUGCCAAGCCACUAAGGGAGUCCCAGAGUCGUCUCCUUCCUACGGGCCAUUCUUGGACGAGGAAUGAGCAGGUCGAGGAUCAGGACACGCGCGGUCCUCGGGGGAGUUACCAAGGCAUUCCCAGAGCAGCCGAGAGAUAUAAUCUCUCCAGUGUGUCCUGGGUCUGCCCCGGGACCUCCUCCCAGUUGGGCAUGCCCGAAACACCUCCCCAGGGAGCCGUCCAGGAGCCAGCCGAAACUGGAUGCUCGGACCACUUCAACUGGCUCGUUUCGAUGCGGAGGAGCAACAGCUCUACUUUGAGAUCAUUCCGAAUGCUUGAGCAUUCUGCAGAGCCCAGACACCCUGCGGCGGAAACUCAUUUCUUCCACUUGUAUCAGCGAUCUCAUUCUUUCGGUCACUACCCAGAGCUCAUGACCAUAGGUACAAGCAACCCAGCCAUGACUAUAGAAAAUGAGACUUAAUUUUUUAACCUGGAGGUAAAGCCUCCAGACUGACAGCAGAGGGGUCCGAUCAGCCCCCGCGCUCACCAGCCUGCGUAGGCACAUGUCACCUGUCUGCGUGUAACUCUGCCAUCGCCUGUCUGGGUGUCUCCAUGCUCCUGCUCGAACGCAGUAAAAAAAAAAAAAAAAAAAAAAAACAGGUUUACGUCCUCUGUGUUCUUUAUUUGCCAAGAAAGCAGCCGUGUAGCGUCCAGUUGGGGCCUGUGCUGCAGCCGUAGGGAGCAGGAUGAGCCUGAAGGCCAGGCUCAUUUCAGGUAACGCAGGGACCAGGCUCAUUUCAGUUAACCCAAGGGCCAGGCUCAUUUUGGUUACACCAGGAGCCAGGCUCAUAUAUGUUAACUAAAGGGCCAGGCUCAUUUCAGUUUCACCAAAAGCCAGGCUCAUUUUGCUUAUCCCAGGAGCCAGGCCUAUUUCAGUUACACCUACAGUCAGGCUCAUUUUAGUUACAGCAGGAGCCAGGAUCAUUUCAGUGACAGGUAGCAGUUAAGAGUUGAUCAAUCGACUCUUGAGUUCUUGAAACAAAAUGACUGUAAUUUAUUUAAAUGAGAAAAGCUGUCAGUUUAAUAACUGGAAUAUUUGACAAUACCUGGAUGUUCUGUCAAUGUUAUCUAACAUUGUUUUAUAUAUGCAUCUUUUUAUACUUGUGAAUUGCUUACAUCAGAGUAAGAUAAAGCAUAAAGCGAUACACGAGUCAGAUAAUUUCAGCAGACUCCCAUGAGCCAAAUAGGGAUGCAAGAUUAUUUGUAUACUGUAGCAUCAAGCUGAAUUUUCUUGUGUGAUAAUAUAUUGAAAAGAGCAAAUCUAGCAUAUUAAACAUCUGGGAAGGCCACAGGUGCUUUGGUUUUUACAGGAAGACUGUUUCGUGUUUCCACCAUUACGGAGCUUGCACAGUAUCUGUGACACUGCAGCUGCUGAAAAUUUAAUUGGAGACGUCCUGGCUGGUUCAUACACCAGGCCCUCUCUGCCAUGCCUGUUUUAAGUGAAAUCGUGUUGAGGUACCCCGUGUUCCACCCGGUAUCCAGGGAUGGUUCACAAGAGGACGGCUACAUUAUCUGGUACUGCUGAUCUGGGGUUUGUUUUUCCCGCACGUGGACUGUAGGAUUUAAACAGGAAAACGAGAUUCAGCUCUUCCAUUUUUCUAAGGCUCCUGGCCUCCAAUCAGCACUGCAUGACGCUUGAUGUAAUUCAGUUGAUGUUUUAAGCAGUAAUGCUACGUCGUAUGGUGUAAAUUGGGACGUGUGGCCGUGUAUUCCCCAUAUGUUCUUUCUGUACUUCUUCAUGCUAGUGGAAAGGACACCAAUCUGGACCAUUAUUCUAAAUUAGACACGGAACAGCACAUCCGUUUGCCUGUUUGACUAUUCCAUACCUGAGACGUGGGCGUGAAGCCUCGAUCUGCGGGGUGGUUGUGCAAUCAGCUGAGUAUGAGCUGUUUGUAUCACUGCAUAUAGACGAUACACACCUAGAAGAGACUCCUCCACAGCGAUGUGUGGGCUUCCAGGUGAGCUGGUGGCUCCGAGGGCUCCCUGCCUCAGCUGAGUCAUCCACUGACAGAACCUUUGUACUACAGGGUCUCGUUGAUUAUUUAGUUUACUUGCGUCACAAGGUUUCAAUUGCCCAGCUGUCGCUGCCUGUUAGUAGCCUGGCCAACAUCAAGUUGGGUGAACUUAAGCAUCGUAUAACGAACGACUGGCUAUCGUGGUUACAGAAGCGACAUGGGACAAGAGCCGCGGCCGUUCGUUUAGGUCUAACCGUGAGAAACCAUGCUAAAUUAUUAUUUCAUUGUUAUCAAGUAUAUCCAGAUAAAUGACACUGCUGAUUCAUUCCAAGAAUUAAGAAUUACUUGUAUAAUGAAUACUAUGCCAUGUAAUUUACUGUGAACUGUUAAAAAAAUGUUUGGUUUUGUUACACUGAGGAAUGCUGCACUUCUUUGAGAAACUUGUCUUACUAUGUAUGCUUUUACCAGAUGCAAUCGGUGUAUUACACAGUAGUAAACUAUAUAAUCUAUUUUUGUAUGGUUCUAUUCAUUGGUGACAUACAGUUUUUUCCCCUUGGGCAUAAUUGUUAAGGCUGUUAAAUGUGUGUCAUGCCUUGUACAGAAAAGAAAUAAAGGCUGGUGCUCAAGUGUUCCUUUUUA